GCGCGAGCCCGAGGUGGGAGCGCGAGCCCGAGGUGGGAGCGCGAGCAGCGGGAGAGCGGCAGCAGCGGCGGCAACGGGCAGCGCAGAAGCUCUUCUGCCAAGUGGAUUUGAUUGUUUUCACUGACGUAUUAACUGGAGAAUGAAGUGCCAUAGCCGAGAGGCUCCAACCACUGCCAUUGUCACUAACAUCACAGGUAAAGGACGCUGCUCCAUUCAGGCACUGCCAUUGUGUUGGCUGUUUAUUAUUUGGCUUUGUUUGUGUCAGGCAUCUGGCCCACACAUCACAGGAGCUGCAGCAGUUGAGAAGAGAGAACUGACUCCCUCCUACAGAUCAAUAGGAAUAUUGGAAAUCCAUUAACCAAAGAAAACUUCAUGAUAGCUAAUUGUUGGCUUCCAAAGCUUUCUCCAUCUAGUCCGUUCCACAUAUUUGAUGAUGUCAAGCUCAGGUCCAGAAAGGGGCUAUGCAGAAGACCCAGAGAUGGAUAAAGUGGCAGAGCUUCAGCAGGAGCACCUGGCACAACAGGUAGCUGCUGUGCAGGUGUCUGAGGAUCCCUCUUUGAGGCAUGUUGGGACGGCAUGCCAGAGCACUGGGGUCAAGGACUCAGACCAGUCAAAUGCUAAAGGAGGCGCACAUACCAAUGGAGUAAAUGAGGACAACACCAGAACUUAUAAGAGUGUAAGCAGCGUGACAAAGAAGAUAGCCUCGCGGCCUAAACUCUCUAGCAGGAAGCUUUCUCUUCAAGAACGUUCGUCGGGAAAUGCUCUCUCAGCCAGUGGUGUCCUACCGAGCUAUGGUGCCUAUUCAACUGGGCCAUUGCCAUCUGCAAGACGGCCAACUGUUGAGUCCAGCCGGAUCAAUAUGGUCAACUGCCAGGAUUCCACACAGCUGAACCAAUACAAGCUGAAGACUGAGAUUGGAAAGGGCUCCUAUGGUGUUGUGAAGCUGGCCUACAAUGAAAACGAUGACAAGCAUUAUGCCAUGAAGGUACUUUCUAAAAAGAAGCUGAUGAAGCAGUAUGGAUUUCCACGUCGUCCUCCUCCCCGGGGAUCAAAGCCCCCAUCUGCUGAACAGUCAAAGGCCCCCGCGCCUCUGGAGAGGGUCUAUCAGGAAAUAGCCAUACUGAAGAAACUGGACCACCCCAACAUUGUCAAGCUGGUAGAGGUUCUGGAUGACCCCACUGAAGACCAUCUACACAUGGUAUUUGAACUCAUGAGUAAAGGGCCUGUGAUGGAGGUACCGACAGAUAACCCAUUCUCAGAGGAACAGGCACAUUUUUACUUUAGAGAUAUCAUCUUGGGCAUUGAAUACCUACACUACCAGAAGAUCAUUCAUCGAGACAUCAAACCUUCAAAUCUGCUCCUGGGAGAUGAUGGCCAUAUUAAAAUUGCUGACUUUGGAGUAAGUAACCAGUUUGAGGGGAACGAUGCUUUGCUGUCCAGUUCAGCUGGGACUCCAGCAUUCAUGGCACCAGAGACACUCUCAGAGACCAGGAAGAGCUUUCAUGGGAAGGCUUUGGAUGUCUGGGCCAUUGGUGUCACCUUGUAUUGCCUGGUCUUUGGCAAGUGUCCCUUUAUAGAUGAAUAUAUCCUGGCACUUCAUGCCAAAAUUAAGAACUGGCCUGUGGAAUUUCCAGAAAAACCAGAAAUCAGUGAAGAGCUGAAGGAUUUGCUUCUUCGGAUGUUGGAUAAGAAUCCUGACACCAGGAUUACAGUUCCACAGAUAAAGCUGCAUCAAUGGGUAACAAAGAAUGGGACCGAUCCUCUUCCACUGGAGGAGGAACAUUGCAGUAUGGUUGAAGUGACUGAAGAGGAGGUGAUGAAUUCUGUCAAGUUAAUUUCCAGCCUCUCAACUGUGAUUUUGGUGAAGGCCAUGUUAAGGAAACGCUCUUUUGGAAACCCGUUUGAGUUUCAGAGCAGGAAGGAGGGGAGGUCCAUGUCGGCACCAGGAAACCUUCUCAUGGACAAGACUAUGUUUCUGAAUUCCUCAAAAAGGCAUCCUUCAUUAAGAAAGGAGAGCAAUGGGGACACAGGGAAGGAGAUGGACCUGCCAGAUGUUUGCGAGGAUGAAGCAAUUUCCUGAGUGCCCUGAGCAUGUGCAUGCUGUGUUCGGUCUGUUGCACCCUGCUAUUUGACCUAUCUUUGCUCAGCUCACGAAAAAUCACUUCCACCUGUAAGUGUCAUUCCUCAUGGCUGUCACCAACGAAAGCAUCUGAGGAGAAGAAGAGAGAUUCACGCCAUCCAGCCCAUGUCGACAUAAUAAGACCACAGAGAAAUACUUUGGAUUCCUGCUUUACAGAUUGCCUUGCCAAGCAAAACAUCAGAUAGGGUUUGUAGAUAGGAAGUUUGUAAUGUCAAAGAUGAAACUGUUUAUUAUCCAAUCAAUCCAUCAUUGCCCAUUUGUCAUGUGAGCUAUUGUUGGGCUUUGUUUGGCUGCUGGAUUCCAACCACAAAUGACCAUGUUUGAUACAUCUGCAUUGAACCAUUCAGUGGGUCUUCAGGUACUUUCACUGUAGUGAAGAAUAACAUGGAAACUUGGUUUGGAUAGACUGUGCAAUUUGUCAUUUACCAACCGACAUGUAUCAACUGUGUGUCGUAAACCUUGUGGUCUUAUGUAACAGAAAUGCAGACAUUUCCCUUUAUUCCCUGCAGACUAAUGCACUACUGGCAGGGCACUUCAGAGCUGUGGUAUUUAACAUUCCAAAGAUUAAUGUCUCUGAAGUCACUCUUUAAUUAAUAAUGUAUAACAUUAGUGAUUAACCAAGCAAGCAUCAUGGUAACAUGUAAAUGGUCAUAAAUAAGUUAGUUUUUUAAUUAUUUUGCUUGUUCAGUGAUUGAUUGACACCAUUCCCUGCUCUCUCACUUAGGGCUACAUAUCUGCAAAAGGUAGACAUUUCAGUCAUGAUAAUCAGUAGGGUUUGGGGCCUAUUAGUUAAUCCAGGGUUGUGCAAUCACUUAUCCCGUCAGAGUUCAAGGGCUCAUGUGGAGAAGCCUGUAAUUCUUCAUUUUAUCAUGGAAUGUUGGUCCAUCCCUAGUUUCCCCUUGUAUUGAGUGGCAUGCUAAGCCCAUUUCAGAGGGCAAUUCAGAGUCAACCACAGAGUUUUCAGCUGUAUGGAGUCACAUGCCAUAAUAGUCACAUGGGAAACAAGCAUGUAGUGUACAGGCACACAACAUACAAUAUGCAUCUAUGACAAGUUUACAAUCACACAACAUGCAGUAAUGUGGCAUACAGUCACCAGUCCUAAAGCAUGGGCUCAUGAGGUUUGCAGGAAUAGCAUAUGGUCGCAGAGCGCAGUAUCACACCAUACAGCUAUACAAUUUACAAUCACACAACAUAAAAGAGUUUACAGUUUUCUGCCACACAGUUUACAAUUAGACAUUUUGCACUUAGUACAUCUUAUUGUAACACAGUUUAUA